AUGUCUGAAGCCUUCUUUGAUGAGUAUGAUUAUUAUAACUUCGAAUACGACAAGCACAUUUUCUCCAGCCACAGCGGCAAGCAGCGGACAAAGAAGGAGGUGAGUCAGCACACAAAUCACUUCGAUCCGUCCGGCCAUUCUAGAAAGAUCGUUACGAAGAACGCUGAUUUAAUGCCGAACGAUUUGAGGACGUUAUGGCGGAUACCCGAAGAAAGCACGGGUCGCUCGUCUCUGAGAUCAGUGGAACAGCCCAGGAAGUUUCUGUUGAACCAUUGUUUUUAUUAUGCACACUACAACGUGAGGUGUCGACGGAGCCAGACACUUCGUAGCCCCGUCCGCAUACACCGGUGA